CGAAGAGCACAACACUCCCUCUCUCUCUUGGCUUCCCUACCGCAGCUCCAGCUCGUAAUAUGGUAUCUACGCGCUCACAUCCCCAAGGCGACUUCCCAGCCGGCGAUCCGUCACCCACUAAGAAGACGACACGAUCAUCGCGCAAUUCGACCGCAUCGCCAGCACCAGACUUCGAUAUGUCUCCAACUGGUGCGAAAUCGCUUGCCAAGCGCGCAGCCUCCAAAGUCGCUGCGGAAAUCAGCCCUCCUUCUCCCAAUGAAAUCAACGAGCCCACUUGGUGCCAUACAGCAACCAAGCUGACCAUUGUUUGGCUGUGUAUAUCGUGGCCCCUCGUCCUUUGGGACUGUCUAUACAUCCUGCUGCGACCACAUACAAUGGCUGGCGGCAUACUCCAGUGGCCGCUAUGGUCACCAUACGAAAUCUACGCGGAGAUUGAUUAUGUUUACGGAUGGCCCGGAUGGGAAAGCGGCGACGGGUUUGGCGCAGCCCAGGGCGUGCUGAAUGCCAUCGAGGUUAUUAUGUACGGUCUCUACGCCAUGAUUAUCUACAACCACGGCAUACCAACUGCUCACGGCACUGGCAUUGAGGCAGGCCAAGGCGCAGGCGGUUUCUUUGCCGGCGGUUACAAGGUACGAGGUAAGACGGGCAAUCGCGCAGUCCUCCUUGGAUUUUCCGCCGCCCUCAUGACGCUGAGCAAGACGCUGUUGUACUAUUGUAACGAGAUCUUCUCGGGCUUCGCUAACACUCGUCACAACGAUUGGCCCACUCUGAUUGCAUUCUACGGUAUCAUGAACGGCUUUUGGAUCAUCUUCCCCUCCUAUAUGGUCAUUACCUUUGGUACCGACAUUAUCCAAGCUCUCGACAUUGCUGCCGAUCCUUCGUCCAAGAAACGCCAGUAAUUUACAUCAGGAUGGGAAUUCACGCGAUAAUAUACUCUUUAUUAACAACACUACAAGUAAUGGAGAAAACCUCAAAACUCUUGGAAUUUCUUAUUUGUCUCCUGGUGCUGACAUGCGCGCCUCGUAUCAUGGACAAAAAUGUUGUUGAUUCCCCCCCAAUAAUGCCAUGCAAUCCUGCAGCCACCGGCAGAGCUGUAGGUAUAAUUUAGAUCAUUAUUCAUGCACCCAGGCUCAGCAGGCAUCUCGCAUUUUCCCCUGCUCAAAGAUGCUGCUUCCACGUCCCCCCCCCCUUUUGUUUUGU